CGUCGUCCUUCUGUUCCCACCGGGUAGCCGUUAAUUCCUUAGCCCUCAGCCCGGGAUGCUUCAGCGCCCGGCAGUGCCGUAAAGCACAUCUGGCCCCUGCCCCGGGUCCUAUUCCUUCAGGGUGUUUGUGCACCGCCGUUGCUACGGUGCCGCCAAACGCGGCUGUCGUGCGGCCCCGGCGUCAGCGGCGAUGGCGGCGGGGUCGGGUGGGAGUGGGGGGUCUGGGGGAGGCCCCGGGCCGGGGCCUGGUGGGGGUGGAGGCCCCGGAGGGAGCGGCCCGGGACCGGGGUCUGGCGCGGGUUUGGGCAGCGGCGGGGAGCUGCACCCGCGCACCGGGCGCCUGGUGAGCCUGUCGGCCUGCGGGCGCACAGCGCGGCGGCAGCAGCCGGGCCAGGAGUUCAACCACGGGCUGGUGUUGAGCCGGGAGCCCUUGCGCGAUGGACGCGUCUUCACCGUCCGCAUCGACCGCAAGGUCAACUCCUGGAGUGGCUCCAUUGAGAUUGGGGUGACGGCACUGGACCCCAGUGUGCUGGACUUCCCAAGCAGCGCCACAGGGCUGAAGGGGGGCUCGUGGGUAGUGUCGGGCUGCUCGGUGCUGAGGGAUGGACGUUCUGUGCUGGAGGAGUAUGGUCAGGACCUGGACCAGCUUGGCGAAGGGGACCGCGUGGGCGUGGAGCGCACAGCGGCCGGGGAGCUGCGGCUCUGGGUGAACGGGCGGGAUUGUGGUGUGGCUGCCACCGGCCUGCCGGCCCGGGUCUGGGCCGUGGUGGACCUUUAUGGCAAGUGCACCCAAGUCACUGUGCUGCCCCCUGAGCCAGGCUUCAGCUCCCCCACUCCCAUCCCCACACCUCCCCUCGAGCCCUCCGCUCCCCCUGAAGAUGCUGCCUUGGCUGAACAGGGGACCUCCAGGGAUGAAGACUUCGCCAGUGUGGAGCUGUCUGAGGUGGUGAGCAAUGCCAUCCUGUCUGCCUACAGUGGGGGGCUCCUGAAUGUGAACCUGAGCUCCCCGCCAGCAGGGGACGGAGCAGGGUCUAGCGGUGCUGCCACCUCCCCCACGCCCACUUGCAAUGACGCCCUGCUCUUCCAUGAGAAGUGUGGGACCCUCAUCAAACUCAGCAACAGCAACAAGACGGCUGAGCGCCGCCGGCCCUUGGAUGAAUUCAACAAUGGGGUUGUCAUGACCAACCGCCCGCUCCGGGACAACGAGAUGUUUGAGAUCCGCAUCGACAAGCUCGUAGAUAAGUGGUCAGGCUCCAUUGAGAUAGGUGUCACCACCCACAACCCCAACAAUUUGGAAUACCCAGCCACCAUGACCAACCUGCAGUCAGGCACCAUUAUGAUGAGCGGCUGUGGGAUCCUGACCAACGGCAAGGGCACCCGCCGGGAGUACUGUGAAUUCAGUCUGGAUGAGCUGCAGGAGGGUGACCACAUUGGUCUCACAAGGAAGUCCAACUCUGCCCUCCACUUCUUCAUUAACGGCAUUGACCAAGGCGUGGCUACCCCGUUGACACCCCCAGUGGUGUAUGGUGUGGUAGACUUGUACGGGAUGGCAGUGAAGGUGACCAUCGUCCACAAUAACAACCACAGUGACCGUCUGCGCAGGAACAAUGCCAUCCUGCGGGCGCUGUCCCCUGAGGGCGCUCUCCGCCGUGCUGCUCCUGCUGCCCAGGCAGAACCUGAGCGCCUGCUCUUCCACCCCAACUGUGGGCAGAAGGCAGCCAUCACCCACGAGGGACGCACUGCUCUGAGGCCCCAUGCCACCGAUGACUUCAAUCAUGGCGUGGUGCUAAGCAGCAGAGCCCUGCGGGACGGAGAGGUAUUCCAGGUGCGCAUCGACAAGAUGGUGGACAAAUGGGCUGGCUCCAUUGAGAUUGGUGUCACCACCCACAACCCUGCCUACCUCCAAUUGCCCUCCACCAUGACCAACUUGCGUUCUGGGACCUGGAUGAUGACUGGGAAUGGGGUGAUGCACAAUGGGACAACCAUCUUGGAUGAAUAUGGGCACAACCUGGACCGCCUCAAGGCAGGGGACACGGUGGGCGUGGUUCGUAGGGAGGACGGGACUCUCCACUUCUUUGUCAAUGGGAUGACUCAGGGCCCUGCUGCCUGGAAUGUGCCCCCGGGUGUCUAUGCUGUUGUGGAUCUCUACGGCCAGGCUGCCCAGGCCACCAUUGUGGACGACGUGGAGGUGACCCCAGUCCCUGAGCCACUCCCUGAGGGGAACAACCAGGUGUCUCCCAGCUCCCCAUCCUCAGGGGCGGGGGGCUCCGACCUCCGCUUCCACCAGCUGCACGGCAGUAACGCCGUCAUCACUAACGGCGGCCGCACUGCGCUCCGUCACAACUGCCGCAGCGAGUUCAAUGAUGCCAUUGUUAUCUCCAACCGGGCCCUGCGGGAUGGAGAGCUGUUUGAAAUUGUCAUUCAGAAGAUGGUGGACCGCUGGUCAGGCUCCAUUGAGGCUGGAGUGACUGCUAUUCGGCCGGAGGACCUUGAAUUCCCCAACACUAUGACAGACAUUGACUACGAUACUUGGAUGCUGAGUGGCACAGCCAUCAUGCAAGAUGGUAACACAAUGCGCAACAACUACGGGUGCGACCUCGAUGCGCUGGGCACAGGUGCACGCAUCGGCAUGAUGCGGACUUCCAAGGGCGACCUGCACUACUUCAUCAACGGCCAGGACCAGGGCGCUGCCUGCUCAGGCUUGCCUCCGGGUAAAGAGGUGUAUGCGGUUGUGGAUCUCUAUGGCCAGUGUGUCCAAGUGUCCAUCACCAAUGCUACCGGCCCCAUGGACAACAGCCUGGCAACCAGCAACACCGCCACUGAGAAGUCAUUCCCCCUGCACUCCCCAGUGGCUGGCGUGGCUCACCGAUUCCACAGUAUUUGCGGCAAGAAUGUCACUCUGGAGGAAGAUGGCACAAGGGCGGUGCGGGCAGCUGGCUAUGCUCAUGGCCUUGUCUUUAGCACCAAGGAGCUCAAGACUGAGGAAGUCUUUGAGGUGAAAGUGGAAGAGCUGGAUGAGAAGUGGGCAGGUUCCCUCCGGAUAGGGCUAACAACACUGGCUCCAGGGGAGAUGGGGCCUGGAGCAGGUGGUGGCCCUGGGGUGCCUCCCUCCCUGCCAGAGCUCCGGACAAAGACCACCUGGAUGGUGUCCAGCUGUGAAGUGAGGCGUGACGGGCUGCUCCAGAGGAUGAACUAUGGCCGGAACCUAGAGAGGCUGGGGGUGGGGAGCCGUGUGGGCAUUCGCCGGGGGGCAGAUGACUCGAUGCACAUCCUGGUAGAUGGAGAGGACAUGGGGCCUGCAGCCACUGGCAUUGCCAAGAACGUGUGGGCUGUGUUGGAUCUGUACGGGCCAGUGCGGAGUGUGUCUAUUGUCAGCUCCACAAGGCUGGAGGAGCCAGAAGGCACCCAGCCUCCUUCCCCCAGCUCGGACACCGGAAGCGAGGGUGAUGAAGACGAUGAGGACGAGGAACACGGCCUGGGAGGCGAGGAUCACGUGUCCAUUAUGCCUACAGCCCUUGAAUUCCUGGAGAACCAUGGGAAGAAUAUCCUCUUGUCCAAUGGGAACCGGACAGCUACGCGGGUGGCCAGCUACAACCAGGGCAUUGUUGUCAUCAGUCAGCCCCUGGCGCCCCAGCUGCUGGUCCAGGUGCGGAUAGACUUCCUGAACCGCCAGUGGACAUCUUCCCUUGUCCUGGGAGUCAUCACCUGCCCACCGGAGAGGCUUAACUUCCCUGCGUCUGCCUGUGCCCUUAAACGGGCAGCCUGGCUGUUGCGGGGCCAUGGGGUCUUCCACAAUGGCCUCAAGAUCUGCGAGAAGUUUGGGCCAAAUCUGGACACGUGUCCUGAAGGCACCGUCCUGGGACUGCGGCUCGACAGCUCUGGGGGACUGCAUCUCCAUGUCAAUGGGAGGGACCAGGGGGUGGCUGUGCCAGACGUCCCCCAGCCCUGCCAUGCGCUCGUGGACCUCUAUGGGCAAUGUGAGCAGGUGACCAUUGUGAGCCCUGAACCAGGAGCUGCCAGUUUGAAGAGUACUGGAACCCAAGGGGACAUGGAGAAAGCGGACAUGGUGGAUGGGAUCAAGGAGAGUGUGUGCUGGGGCCCACCGUCUGCUGCCAGCCCUCUGAAGAGCUGCGAGUACCAUGCCCUUUGUUCCCGAUUCCAAGAACUGCUGCUGCUUCCUGAGGAUUAUUUCAUGCCUCAACCAAAGCGUAGCCUGUGCUACUGUGAGUCUUGCCGGAAGAUGCGCGGGGACGAAGCCCACAGGCGCCGUGGGGAACCUCCCCGGGAAUACGCCCUGCCCUUUGGCUGGUGCAGGUUCAACCUCAGAGUGAAUCCUCACCUGGAGGCUGGGACACUAACCAAGAAGUGGCACAUGGCAUAUCACGGCAGCAAUGUGGCAGCCAUCCGGAGGGUGCUGGACCGAGGGGAGUUGGGAGCAGGUACUGCCUCCAUCCUGAGCUGCCGGCCCCUGAAGGGAGAGCCCAGGGGAGGGUUUGAGGAGCCGGGUGAGAACUGUGCUCCUCCUCGGGAGGAGCAGCCCCCUCCAGUGCUGCUUUCUCCCUCCCUCCAAUAUGCUGGGGCCGAGACCCUGGCAUCCAAAGUGCAAUUUCGGGACCCCAAAUUUCAGCGGACACACCAGGCCCAGGUGGCGUUCCAGGUGUGUGUGCGCCCUGGCUCCUACACCCCCGGCCCUCCUUCCGCGAUCCUCAGAGAGCCUCCUGACCCUCACUUCAGCCCAGCCGAACUGGAGUGGGUAACCAAGGAGAAGGGGGCCACACUCCUCUAUGCCCUGCUGGUACGGGUGGAAUGAGGGAGUGAGACCUCACUACGACAAGCACAGCUGGGCCCUGGGCCCGUGGACUCUGAGUGACGGCUGCCUCCACCUCAUUCCAGUGACCCACAGCAUGCACGGUGCUCAUUCUGGCAGAUGCACAGGAGCAUGGAGGCAGUCUCAGAUUUAGGUGGGAAGUGGAGGACAUCUCCAUGUCCAGGGCCUCAGAACACUCCCUCUGCAGUGGAGGAGCUGGUGGGGAACCCGGCUCCAGGCCCUGGGUAACCCCUCUUCAUGCACUGAUUUGGGGAACACGACUCCCUCUGACUCCCUCCCCUGUAUCACUUAAUUUAUUUCCGUUUUUGUUCCUGGUUACUGUGAAUCCCAGAGUCUCCCUGUGCCCCACACGAAGCUGCUUUUUCCUGCGGCAGCAGGCAGGAAAGGGGAAGGGCGGCGCAGUGGAGGGGCUGGGUCCUCUGUACAGUUGU